CUUGAUCAAAAUACCAAAAAUGAUUUCACAGGCAAUUUGGCUCAAGAUAUCCGUGAACUUUUUCCUUGGCUGACUAGUGUGAACUCAACAAACUUUUUAAGCCCUCCAAUCAUGCUGUGUGUGUGUGUGUGUGUGUGUGUGAAGGGGAGGGCUGAAUCUGCAGCAACAUACUGCAGCUGCAGGGAAAGGGGACUCUCAGCUCUCAGUGUCAGGAGUGUAAACCAAAGUUUACUCUGAAAGCUGCAGGGUGUGUUCUGCUGGUUUCAUGGCUCUCCUCACCAAUGUCGCCAUCCUGCUUAUUCUGGCUUGUAUUUCCCAUCAGCUGAUGUUGAGCAGCUGUCAGAAAAGCCAAGGGAGGAGGGGACGGGGGAUGGACAGAAGACAAGACAGGACCAAGCCAGGGCUAAAGGUGGGCCGUCAACCCAAAUCUGUCUCUGCCCAGCCCAUUAAGGGCAAAAUGGUUACCAAAGACAAGUCAGAGUGUACCUGGGAAGCGACAGGUGAGGACCUCUUCAUUCUCAGUGUCAGCUGCAAGAAGAGAGACAGGAGCUUCAGCUGUGAGUAUGUCUCCAGACCAGCUGUUUGUCCCCAGUACUCUUCCAAUGUCAAUCUUUACUGGAAGCAAAUCGCCAGGGCACUGAAGAAGCAAAAGAAUUUGUGCCAGGACAGUCGUGCUUUGGUCAGGGCGGGCAUGUGCAGAAGAGCUGCCAGAGAAGCUAAUUUCAGACUCCAUAAUGCACAGAGAAAGACUGACUCGCCUUCCAUCCCACUGCCCACACCCAGAGCUGUCAAAUCCUGUCAACCUGAUAACAAGAAGCGAGCAGAGGAGUACUGCAACGACUCCUGGUCGAGUGUUUGCACCUUCUUUUUCACUAUGGUGCAGGAUUAUGAUUGCUGAGAAUGAAAAAGUGCAAAGGUGAAAUAAAUUCAGCUCUCUACAUGUCUAAUUAUACACACUUUAAAGAAGAAAGAUGUAAUCUAUUCUCACAGAAUAAUUUUAGUAUUCUAUGUAGAUUUCACACUUGAAGUAUU